AUGGAUAAUACCUUGAUAAGUAGCAGCAUGAACGGGAAGAGCAUGGGUGGAACGGAGAAAGUGUCAUCUUUAGGGAAAGACUGGCACAAGUUCUGUCUAAAAUGUGAGCGCUGCAACAAAACUCUGAAUCCGGGAGGCCAUGCUGAGCAUGAUGGAAAGCCUUAUUGCCACAAGCCAUGCUAUGCCACCCUCUUUGGACCAAAAGGUGUAAACAUCGGUGGAGCUGGAUCCUACGUGUACGACAAUCCUGUCAACGAAGCCCCUGCAGCCGUUUCCUUGGAAACAAAUGCCAAACCAGAGGAGGAGAAAAAAGCCCCCGCACGGGGACCAGUGAAGGCUGCAAGCUUCUCAUCUUUCUCUGGAGGCCCCAACAUCUGCCCCAGAUGCAACAAGACAGUGUAUUUUGCUGAGAAGGUGUCAUCUCUCGGGAAGAACUGGCACCGGCCUUGUCUGCGCUGUGAGAGAUGCAAUAAGACUCUGGCAGCGGGCAGCCAUGCAGAGCAUGAUGGGCAGCCUUACUGCCACAAACCAUGCUAUGCUGUACUGUUUGGACCAAAAGGCGUAAACACCGGAGGUGUCGGCAGCUACAUCUACGACGAUCCUGAAGCUGAAGCGCAGUCUUGAGCUCUGAAGCUGCUUCCAGCACGCAGACAGAGAAACGCCACCAGGACCCUCUGUGUCUCUAUAAUUUGCCUUCAGUGGUCAUUGUGACAAAUGAUAUGUACUACACUCACAGGGAUGGAAACUUAGAUGUUUAUGUUGUAUUUGUAUAUUGUUUAUAUAUCUAUUUUUUGUACCAAAACAGGCCUUUAAUAUGUCCUCCCAUGUGACUUUCAGAUUUGCCUUUGAGUUUCUUGGUUCUCUUUGCCAAAUAAUUAUUAGCCUGUUACUAUAGUGAAUGAAGGCUCCUGUGUUCUUUUUACUCUGGAUUAGUAGAUUUUUGACUUUUGUGCACUUAAAACAUGUACUGUAUGAAAACAAACAAACAAACAAAAAAAAAUUACCAGCCCUCCAGUUUAUAGUCAGUGUUUUUUGAACAAGUUUGUCUUGGUUCUAUAAAUACGAAUGAUAGCCUAGUGAAGAUACACAUUUUACAAAGGAGUGCAUUUUAAUGAAUGCCAUUAAGGGGAUUUUGAGGGUUGCUGCAAACAAGAAAUGAUCUGCUGUUCUUCACAUUUUAUACAGUAAAAGUGUGUGAUAGCAAACCUGA